GGCGCCCGCCGCGACCCGCCGCACUCUGCACUCGCCGCCCGGGCUGCGGGGACCCGACGGGCGCGGGCGUGGGCUCUGCGGGCCGGGAGCCGAGUCCAGGCCGGAACCGGCGCGGCGCAGGGAGGCGCGGAGAUGGCGGCCUCGGCGGCGGCGACAGAAGGGAUGGAGCCGCGGGCGCUGCAGUACCAGCAGACCCUGAUGUAUGGCCGCUAUACUCAGGAACUCGGGGUCUUUGCCAAAGAGGAAGCUGCCCGCAUUCGCCUGGGAGGGCCUGAGCCCUGGAAGGGGCCCCCUUCCCCGAGGGCACCCCCAGAGCUCUUGGAAUACGGACAGAGUCGUUGCGCCCCAUGCCACAUCUGCUCUGUACGCUGCCACAAAUUCCUAGUGUCCAGAGUGGGCGAAGACUGGAUCUUCCUAGUCCUGCUGGGGCUCCUCAUGGCGUUGGUGAGCUGGGCCAUGGACUAUGCCAUCGCUGUCUGUCUGCAGGCUCAGCAGUGGAUGUCUCAGGGCUUGAACACCAGCAUCCUACUCCAGUACCUGGCCUGGGUCACCUACCCUGUCGUCCUCAUCACUUUCUCGGCCGGAUUCACACAGAUCCUGGCCCCUCAGGCUGUGGGGUCCGGCAUCCCCGAGAUGAAGACCAUCUUGCGGGGAGUGGUGCUGAAAGAAUACCUCACCCUCAAGACCUUUGUGGCUAAGGUCAUAGGGCUGACCUGUGCCCUGGGCAGCGGGAUGCCCCUGGGCAAAGAGGGCCCUUUCGUGCACAUCGCCAGCAUGUGUGCCUCCCUCCUGAGCAAGUUCCUCUCCCUGUUUGGGGGGAUCUAUGAGAACGAGUCCCGGAACACAGAAAUGCUGGCCGCCGCCUGCGCCGUGGGAGUGGGCUGCUGCUUUGCGGCGCCCAUCGGAGGUGUCCUGUUCAGCAUCGAGGUCACCUCCACCUUCUUUGCUGUGCGGAACUACUGGCGGGGCUUCUUUGCCGCCACCUUCAGUGCCUUCAUCUUCCGGGUCCUGGCGGUCUGGAACCGGGACGAAGAGACCAUCACUGCCCUUUUCAAAACCCGGUUCCGGCUCGACUUCCCUUUCGACCUUCAGGAGCUGCCGGCCUUCGCUGUCAUCGGAGUCGCUAGUGGCUUUGGGGGAGCCCUCUUCGUCUACCUGAACCGGAAGAUUGUCCAGGUGAUGAGGAAGCAGAAAACCAUCAAUCGCUUCCUCAUGAGGAAACGCCUGCUCUUCCCAGCCCUGGUGAGCCUGCUUAUCUCCACUCUGACCUUUCCCCCUGGCUUUGGACAGUUCAUGGCAGGACAGCUCUCACAGAAAGAGACGCUAGUCACCCUGUUUGACAACCGGACGUGGGUCCGCCAGGGCCUGGUGGAAGAGUUAGGACCACCCAGCACCUCACAGGCCUGGAACCCACCACGCGCCAACGUCUUCCUCACCCUGGUCAUCUUCAUUCUCAUGAAGUUCUGGAUGUCUGCCCUCGCCACCACCAUCCCAGUGCCCUGUGGGGCCUUCAUGCCUGUCUUUGUCAUUGGAGCAGCAUUUGGGCGUCUGGUCGGUGAAAGCAUGGCUGCCUGGUUCCCUGAUGGCAUUCACACGGACGGUAGCACCUACCGGAUUGUGCCUGGGGGCUAUGCAGUGGUUGGGGCAGCGGCACUGGCGGGAGCAGUGACACACACAGUGUCAACGGCUGUGAUCGUAUUCGAGCUCACAGGCCAGAUCGCCCACAUCCUGCCCGUCAUGAUCGCCGUCAUCCUGGCCAACGCCGUUGCCCAGAGCCUGCAGCCCUCGCUCUACGACAGCAUCAUCCGGAUCAAGAAGCUGCCCUACCUGCCUGAACUGGCCUGGGGCCGCCACCAGCAGUACCGGGUGCGAGUGGAGGACAUCAUGGUCCGGGACGUUCCCCACGUGUCCCUCAACUGCACCUUCCGGGACCUGCGCUUGGCACUGCACAGGACCAAGGGGCGGAUGUUGGCCCUGGUGGAGUCCCCUGAGUCCAUGAUCCUGCUGGGCUCCAUUGAGCGCUCGCAGGUGGUGGCGUUGCUGGGGGCCCAGCUGAGCCCAGCCCGCCGGCGGCAGCACAUGCAGGAACACAGAAAGGCCCAGAUGUUGCCACCCUCGGACCAGGACGGUCUCCCCAGCCCCGAGACCUCCGUCCGCUUCCAGGUGAACACAGAAGACUCAGCCUUCCCCCCGGCCCAUGGAGAGACACACAAGCCCCUGAAGCCUGCUCUCAAGAGAGGGCCCAGCAAUGCCACCAAUGUCAGGGAGAGUUCUAUAGGCAACGUGGAGUCGGCUGGCAUUGCCCUCAGGAGCCUCUUCUGCAGCAGCCCGCCUCCUGAGCCUGCUUCGGAGUUGGAGAAGCCAGAAUCCUGUGAAAAGCGCAAGCUGAAGCGGGUCCGAAUCUCCCUGGCGAGCGACUCGGACCUGGAAGCUGAGAUGAGCCCAGAGGAGAUCCUAGAGUGGGAGGAACAGCAGCUAGAGGAACCUGUCAACUUUAGUGACUGCAAAAUCGAUCCUGCGCCCUUCCAGCUGGUGGAGCGGACCUCUUUGCACAAGACUCACACCAUCUUCUCGCUACUGGGAGUGGACCAUGCUUAUGUCACCAGUAUUGGCAGGCUCAUUGGAAUUGUUACCCUAAAGGAGCUCCGGAAGGCUAUCGAGGGCUCUGUCACAGCCCAGGGUGUGAAAGUCCGGCCGCCCCUCGCCAGCUUCCGCGACAGUGCCACUAGCAGCAGUGACACGGAGACCACAGAGGUGCACGCACUCUGGGGGCCCCGCUCCUGCCACAGGCUCCCCCGAGACGGCAGCCCUUCUGACAGUGACGACAAGUGCCAGUGAACCCCUUGAUGGGUGGCCUUGGAUGGUGGUAGCCACAUCCUUCCUGAAGGAAGCACCUACAGCUGGAGGCUGGAGCCCCGGCUUUCCGCCCAGACCUGGGGUGCUGGGUUCUCCCAGUCCAUCCUUCCUGAAGGCCGGCCCAGCAGUUUCCAAGGCCCAGGAGUUCGCCAAGGCUCUGGCAAGGCGGGGGCGGGGUCAUGCGGCCCCUGAUCCCCCUCUGAGGGGGAAAGGGGCAGAACUAAGAUGGAUUUAUACUGGAACCUCCAAUGACCAGAUGUAUAUAGAGAUUUACAAAGAUUUUUAUAUUAAUUUAAUAAAACAAAUUCUUAAAUAGAACAAAAUAAACACCUAAUGAGCCACUCAUA